AUGAUUUUACUCACUGGCACAAUAUUUACAAGAUUACAGAACUUGUUUCGUCUGCCCGACCCUCCGGUUGACAUCCAAGUGGAGCCAGGCCCUCAGGAUGGAACCCUGCUAGUCACCUGGCUCCCUGUUACGAUCAACACAACAGCUCCGGUCACAGGCUAUGCAGUCUAUGCCGAUGGCAAGAAGGUCACUGAUGUUGACAGCCCAACAGGAGAUCAUGCCUUAAUAGAUGUAAAUAAGCUGCUUGGAUUAAACCCAAAGCAAGUGACUGUACGGACAAAAUCCCGAGACAGCCAGUCAACUGACAGUGUUCCCACUCCCAUACCCUCCAGUGCUCUGAAGGGCAAAACAGCAAAGGAGUCUGCUGCACUGGAAAGUGCGAAAGCAGAUAGAGACCGUCGUCAAAGAGAACGCUAUGGCUCUGCAGUACCACCACAUAUGAGGCAUCAUCAGCAGUCUUCAGGACACAGGCAAAUGAGGAUUGAUUCACAUGGACAAGUUGUAAUAGAACCUGAAGAGAAUCUUAGUGAUAAAGAGAUCUACCCAGCAAACAACAUGAACAUACCCUUAAUAGGCAAGAUAUUAUCUUCUCACAUUUCUUUAAUACAAUUGAGGUAUUUCUGUUUUAAACAGAGGAGGAGCUGUAUUUAUUCCCUUAUAGAAACAGUAGAUUGA